AUGCCUCCAUUACCAGAAUUCAGUCGCCAAAUCUACACUCCACAACAAUGCGAGUGCCUAUCUCUCGAGUGGGGCCAAAUUUAUACAAGAGAUGACGAGAAAGAUUGCGCCCUCUAUGUAUUGAACGGUAUCUACGAUAUGGACAAGGCAUAUGCGCCUUGGAUCGAGAAACCUAUGCUUAGGAUUCGCCAUUGGCAAAACCUGCUAGUAAUACUAUAUUGUAAGAGUGAGCGGGACCCACUGUGGAGAGUAGCGAACGAGGCCGGCGAGCAGGACCUACGAAGGGAUAUUUGGCGUGAGAAGGCAAACCUCGAGAAUACGAAGAGUCAGAGGAACAAGCUUCUUCAGUGGUACCUCAGUACUUUCGAGGAGCAGAUGGAGGGGAUGAGGGUGGGGUGGCAGAGUCUGUGCUGGUGGAAGGAGUAUUUUGGCAUGGAUGUUAGUAUGGAAGAUCUUGAAUUGAGAUCGUAG